UAUGAAUCUCACAGUUUUUGAAAUCUUUGCUUAAAUCAAAGGAUUAUAUACAUGUAAAUCAUUUUAAUUAUUGUAGAGUAAAAUUUAGAAGAAUUUCAUCAAAGAUUUAAAGGAGAUGAUGAAUUCAAAAAAAUUGGAAGAUAAACUAAAAUUUAAAAAAGUUAGCUAGAUAGUUUGGAGGACAAGACAGCUUUGUUAAACAAACUAAAAAAGAUAAUUACUGAUUGUAAAACAGCAAAUAAAGAGGCUAUGUUAUCAGCAAAGAAAUUUGAGAUAGCUACACAAGAAAAAGAAAAAGGUAAUUGUAACAAUUUAAAUAAAAGUUUUUAAUGAAAAUUAAAGAUUGAAGAAUCAAAUUAAAACAUUAGAUGUUUUUAGAAAUACUUAAACUAAUCAAUUAAAUGAUUAUUAAGAAAAAUACAACAAAGUAGUUGAGGAAGAAAAAUUAAAGAAAACAGAAUUAGUUGAAGGAUUCUAAUAAGAAAUUAAAGAUAUUUCAACUAAAAUGGAAGAAGUCUCUAAUGCUAAACAUAAAAGUUAAGCUGAGAAUGAAGCUUUAAAAGAAAAAAUGAAAGAAAUUUAAGAACAUGUUGAAAAAAGAGAUAAAAUCUUUGAUGAAGAAUUAAAUAAAUUAGGUAAUAUUAUACAUUAAUUUUAUUAAAGAAUCAUAAAGAAAAGAAAGAGAAACUAAAAUAUUUGAAUAAAUUACAAAUAUAAGUUAAUCUUUAGGUUCAACUGAUAAUUCAGAAGAUUAAUUAUAAAAAAUAAAAGAUGAAGAAGCAUUAGUAGAUGCUCAUUUGAAUCCAUAUCUAUAAAAAGCAGAGGAAUUCCAAUAAAUUAUUGAAAAAACAAAUCAAUAAUUUAAUUUAUACAAAGCUGAAACAGAAAAAGUAUUCUAUUUUCAUAUAUAUAGCUUGCAUAAUCAUGUAGAACUUUUGAAUAGAAAUCUUAAGCUUGUUAAAGAAAAUGUGAGAAAUCUGAUAUUUACAUUGUAGAAUAAGCUAAAGAAGUAUAUAAUAUAUUUAUAUUCUUAGCAUUUAACACUCUAAAAUUAAUUCAAACAAAAAUAAGAGUAAAUCAAUUCAUUAUUAACACUAAAGUAAACAUUAUAAAGUGGUUUAUUAUGA